GGCAGGGUCGGGCGGAACUGCGCAGCGCCAAGAUGGCGGCGGCCGCGGCGGGAGUCUCCUUGAGGCGCAGCGUCCCGGGGCGGCUCCUGCGGGGCCCUCUGCGGGCGCUGUGCCGGGGAGCGCAGACGGCGGCGGCGGCAGCGCCCCGGGUCAAGAAGUUCGCCAUCUACAGAUGGGAUCCCGACAAGGCUGGGGACAAGCCCCGCAUGCAGACCUACGAGGUGGACCUGAACAAAUGUGGGCCUAUGGUGCUGGAUGCUCUGAUCAAGAUUAAAAACGAGAUGGACUCCACCCUGACCUUCCGCAGGUCCUGCAGGGAAGGAAUCUGCGGCUCCUGCGCCAUGAACAUUGCUGGCGGCAACACUUUGGCCUGCAUCAAAAAAAUCGACCCUGAUCUCAACAAGGUCACCAAGAUCUACCCUCUGCCCCACAUGUAUGUGGUGAAGGAUCUCGUCCCAGACCUGAGCAACUUCUAUGCUCAGUACAAAUCCAUUGAGCCCUACCUGAAGAAGAAGGACGAGUCCAAGGAGGGCAAGCAGCAGUACCUGCAGUCCAUAGAAGACCGUCAGAAGCUGGAUGGGCUCUAUGAGUGCAUCCUGUGUGCCUGCUGCAGCACCAGCUGCCCCAGCUACUGGUGGAAUGGGGACAAGUACUUGGGCCCUGCAGUGCUGAUGCAGGCCUAUCGCUGGAUGAUUGACUCCAGAGAUGACUACACAGACGAGCGUCUGGCACAGCUCCAGGACCCCUUCUCCCUCUACCGCUGUCACACCAUCAUGAACUGCACAAGGACUUGCCCUAAGGGGCUCAACCCAGGCAAGGCCAUUGCUGAGAUCAAGAAGAUGAUGGCAACCUACAAAGCAAAGGCAGCCACAGCCUAACCCUGCUCCUGCCUGCCAGGCUCACAACCAGAGAAGCUUCUCUUGGAGGGAUUUCUUCCUGAGGGAGCAAGAGAAGAUUCCAGCAGGGAAUUUGGUGCUUGCCUCUGGGUUGGCACAUCCAAUAAAUACUGUAAAGAACAGGGAA